AGUGACAGAGAAAAAUUAUUGCUAUGCCCAUAAAAUCAUGUCAAACAUAAAAACCGGAUCCAACAUUUCAUUAUUGCAUUCUAUUAUUGCGAUGGACAUCAAAUUUUCUGUAUAUAUAUAUUGAAGUGUAGUUAGAUCUUGAGACUCAUACACACUCACUGAGUUUCUACAACUUCACAGCUAAAAUGGAGUUUACAAGUCUCUCUAUUUUAGCUCUUCUUUGUGUUGCUUUUAUGGAAGUUAAUGCUUCUAUGUCAGGAGAAGAAUAUUGGAAUUCUAUUUGGCCAAACACUCCAAUUCCUAAGACUAUUUCAGAUUUGGUGUUAUCAAAUAACACUGAGCUCAUUAGAGGACAAGAAAUGAAACAAUAUUGGACUGUCUUUUUUAACCAUGACCUUUAUCCUGGAAAAGAAAUGAGUUUGGGUAUCCAAAAACAAUCAUAUAUUCAACCAUCACGAUCAAAUGCACAAAUAUUUAUCAAAAAAGCAAGCACACAUGUUGCAACUAAAGAAGAAAUUGAGAAAUCAACCCAACCUCAUGGUGAAGCAACGAAAGAAGAUAUUGAGGAGCCAAUCCAACCUUUUGGAGCAUGGCGAAAUGAAAAAGAAAUUGAGGAGCCAAUCCAACCUUUUGGAGCAUGGCGAAAUGAAGCAACUAAAAAAGAAAUUGAGAGACCAAACAAACAUUUUGAAGGUAUAGUAUGGCCUCGUAAAACAACCAUUAAAAAACUUGAAAAAGUAAGUCAAACUUCUAUAACUCGCACAUUAGAUGAAAAAGAGACACACAUUCUUCGUGAUUAUUGUGAGAAACCAUCCGCAAUAGGGGAAGAUAGACAUUGUGUAACAUCACUCGAAUCAAUGAUGUAUUUUGUUAUUUCAAAGCUCGGGAAGAAUAUUAAAGUGAUGUCAAGUUCAUUUGCUCAAAAUCAAACUCAAUAUGUGGUGGAGGAAGUGAAGAAAAUCGGGGACAAAGCAGUUAUGUGUCAUAAAAUGAAUUUAAAAAUUGUUGUUUUUAAUUGUCACCAAGUCAACGCGACAACGAUUUACAAGGUUCCAUUGGUGGCCUCUGAUGGAACUAAAUCAAACGCAUUAACUAUCUGUCAUCAUGAUACAAGAGGUAUGAAUGCUAAUGCACUUUAUAAAGUUCUCAAAGUUAGACCUGGAACUGUCCCUAUUUGUCAUUUUAUUGGCAACAAGGCUAUUGCUUGGGUUCCUAAUGAUAGCGUGAGUGAGGAUGAUGAUUGUCCUCGUCUCAUUUAAUCGGUCUCUAGUUAUGCAUAUUAUUUCUGUUAUAUAUUACUUUUUACAUUAAAAUCGAGUACAGUAGUUAUAAAUUUGCACCUUCAUGGUAAA